CCAAUUUAACUAUUUAAGGGGAGGGAGUUGGGGGUGAGACGAGCAGGGAAAUAAUCUGGGGAAGAAACUCAAUGAUCGUGGAACCGCAACAGCCAACAGGAGAGCUCGGAGGUCAAAUUCGGUUUCACCUAUUAGAGGGGACCAUUUGGAACUUAAAGAUCCUAAGGAAAAAAUGUUGAUAAUUUUUAAGGGCAAGCUGUUUAGAGGCAAUCAUUCAGGUAACCUGAGCCGGUAAACUAUUUCAAACCAACCUAUUUCUGAUGAUGUUAUUGAUGCAAUUCAAGUUGUUAGGUCUCUUUUAAAACCAGGGCCUUUGGAAAAUUUUCUCUUGAAUAGGGCUGUUUGUAAAUCCCAUAAAAAUGGGCAUUUUAUGUUAAGUCAUUUAAAAGGUACUGAAAAAAAUCUAAUGUUUGAUGCAUCUUAAAGACACAAAAUAAUGGUUUUUUCUAAAUUUUUCUUGAUAAUGUGUUGGAUUUUGGUAUACCAUGGGUAUUUAGUACCGAGAUAAAGCUAAAUAAAAUCAUAUGCACAACUAAUUUGCAAAUACGUUGUGGUGGUACUUUCCUAGAAGGUAGCUUCAAUCUUAAAAAGAACUUUGCGUCACAAGGAUUGACAUUAAUAAACUCAGUUUUUUAUUUUAUUUUGUUCUCAUGGUCUCACUUCUCACAUUUGGAAUUGAACUAGGAUAGUCAAAGUAGGUCCUACUUGUUAUAUAUUUUGAAAACUUUUGAUAUAUUAUGCAUUCCCAAAUUUUUAGAGCAUUUUAUAACUUGAGACGACGAGGGUUAUCUCAAGACGACAAGAGGCGUAUCAAGACAACGAGGUGCGUCUAAUGAAGACUAGGGGUGGGCAAAAAUACGGAUAUGUAAUGGUACCCAAACAGACCAAAAUGGUACUGAACCGAAAUAGAAUGCUUUAAAUAGCUUUAUUAUAUUUUUGUUCCGGACCGGGAUUGAACCGUUUAGAGAGGAUACAUGAUAUGUAUUGAAUUUGUAAAACCGAAAAAUACCCAACCGUUUAAAUAGUGUUAAAUAUAGUUUAAUAGAAAUUAAAUUAUACAAAAUUUAGUCCUACUUUAGCCAAAUUAACUUGGAGGCCUUAGUGUACUGACUUCCUUAAUGUUGUGAGUGGCCCAACCGCCCAAAUAAAUUAGGUUAAUUAGGUCCUAAAAUAGAUUUUUAGUUUUUUCACUUCUAAUUGCUCCGGCUCGAUCCAAACCUCCAUUAGUGCCUUAAUGGUAGCAUCGCACACUGCAGUUCGACGGUUCCUGUUUUAGAGCUUCCAUGUCUCUCCUUUCUCACUUAGCUUAUCCUUUCUCAUUUGUCCCAUCUCUUUAGUAGAGUGUGAUUCUACUUAUGCAUCUAUGGAUUUUUCAUUUAUGUGUUUUUAGUUAUGUCUAAAAAUUUCAUUAAGCUUAUGUGUUUUUUUAAAUUUUUGGAUGUGUUUGUUGGUUUACAACCUAUAUUUUUUUCUGGCAAUUCAACCAUGGUGUAACUGUCUGCAGAUUAUGCUUCAGUUUUUACUUGAGGUGACUUUGCACUUACUGUAAUGUGUUUUUGUUAGUUAAUGUGCUUUGUAAGUUAAUGUCUCACGACGACGAGGUGCUUCUCACGACGUCUAGGGGUGUCUUAUGACGAGUUUUUUUUUAAAACAGAAAAAUCCAAACUUUUAAAUUCUUGAUUAAUUUUGGUAGGGUUGCAGCAGUUUGAAUACAGUUCAUAAUGAUGGCUCCUUCCAGCUAUAUGAUUUUUUUGUUAAGACCUAUUUUUGUACGUAUUCUACAAGAUUAUAUAUCUAAUUUACCUAUCUUUUGCAGCAUUUGCUUAGAAUUUGUACUUAUUAUACCAUUGGCAAUCUAUGACGGUGUAGAACCCGAUUUGUGGUUACUUGAUUAUGAGGAAAUGAUGGAACUUAAAGUGCACGGUAUAUUUGAAAGUAGAAGUUUUCAUAGUCGUCCUUAUCGCAAUUACAAACAAUCCGCCUUGACCACUUUAGAAAGAGAGAAUGUAUCAUUUUAUAAUGUCCUAAUACGAGUUUAGUUAUAUAUAGAUUGAGUCAUAAUACUUUUUUCAAAAAUAUUAGAUCAAAGAGCUUAAAAGAGAAGUUGAAAAUGUUUGGAGACCUUUGAUAAAAAGUAAGGUGAACGUUCAAAUGACGAAAACACAGAAGAAGAAAAUAAAGAAUCAUCGGUUCAAUUUUAUCAGGCAUGAGAUUGUAGUGCAUGGAAAGAACUUUCCUUAGGCUCUCAAGAGAUAUGUUCAAUUGGGUACACAGUUGUAUGAAAUGUUUCAAUGCGACAGAAUUUUAAGAGAACUUGGUUAGUAUGAUUCUUUCCUUCUUUUCCUUUUGUGUUUGCCUCCAACAAAUAAAAAUUUAAUAGAUACUGUUUUGAUCUUGUAGAUGUGAAGGCUCGAAGUGUAGAUGGUUGUGUGAACUCAACGGAGUUUUGCUGUCAGAUCUGUGUUCCAGCAAAGGCAGUGAUCCAUAUUUUAGAGCAUUUUUCCAAAGGACUGGCCUUAAUGGAAUCAUAAAAUGCAAGAGAAGCAGCACUAUAGCUUCAGAGUGGUUGAUGCACGAGAUUAUACUUUGUUUAGAGGUAAGGAAGUUACCAGCCAACUUGGAGUUCAGGAAAGAUGUGGUGCCUGUGAUACUAUCGAAUGAGUUUCAAAGAUUUAAGGGGAUGGUUUUCCCGAAGAGCCGGAGGAUGGAGGAUAGUGUCUGUGUAUACUUCGGAGAUGCUUUCAAGGGGAUUAAAGUUAUGGAGGAAAAGGAAGAUGGAAGAUGUCUUGGUCCUUGAUGAUCAAGCAGCAUUGGAUGGCAAAAAGAAGUAAAAAAAAGGAGGAGGAUGUCAUUGACCUUGAUGAUCAGGCAACACCGGCUGACAAGAGAGAGAAGGGGAAGAUUGAGAAUGUCUUAGCCCUUGAUGACAUCCUCCAUCCUCCUUUUUUCUUCUUCUUACCAUCCGGUGUUGCUUAAUCAUCAAUGGCUAAGACAUUCUCCAUCUUCCUUUUCUUUUUAAUAUUCUCUAUAACUUUAAUCCCCUUGAAGGCAUCUCUGAAGUAUUCACACAAACACUAUCCUUCGGCUCCUCGGGAAAACCACCCCCCCUAAACCCUUGAUACUCACUCGAUAGUAUCAUAGGCACCACAUUUUUCCCGAGUUACGGGAUGGCGGGUAAGUUCCUUACUUCUAAACAAAAUAUAAUCUCGUGCAGCAACCACUCCGAAGCUAUAGUGAUGCUUCUCUUGCAUUUUAUGAUUGGACUGAUUCCAUUAAGGCGUGUCCUUUCUUGAAAAAAGGCUCUAAAAUAUGGAUCACUGCCUUUGCUGGAAUACCGAUCCGACAGGGAAACUCCGUUGAGUUCACACAACCCUCUACACUUCAAGCCUUCAAAUCUACAAGAUUAAAACAAUAUCUAUUAAAUUUUUAUUUGUUGGUGGCAAACACAGAAGGAAAAUAUAGAUGGCAAGGAGAAGAAGAAGAUGGAGGUUGUAUCAGCCAUUGAUGAUCAAGCAGCACCGGCUGUUUUAGCCCUUGAUAAUCUAGCAGGCAAGAAGAAAAAAAGAUGGAGGAUAUGUCCAGCCUUGAUGAUCAAGCAGCACCAGCUGUCUUAGUCCUUCAUGAUCAAGCUUGCCAAGAAGAAGAAGAAGAUGGAGGAUGUCUCAGGACUUGAUGAUCAAGCAGCAUCAUAUGGCAAAAAGAAGAAAAAGAAAUUGAAGGACGUUGACCACCCAACUGUAUAGUGCUCACAACAAAAAGGUGCUAACAAUGUUAGUGGUAGUAGUGAGUGGCUUCAGUCAUGCAGCCAUACGUUAAUCUCAAUUUUUGUUUUUCAUGAUUUGUAAUGUUGUGAACUCAUGACAAGGAACAAGCCACCAAUUCAAACGAAAUGAAGUUUGAGAAUUUUU